GACAUUUGUCAAAUAAAAACAAAAAUCAACUAAUAAUUUGGUACGAGAAAUAAUGUUAUAAUCAACAGAAUCAGUCAGUAAAUUACAGUGACCGUGUAAUAGGUAAAGUGAAAUGAAUUGUAACUAAUAUAAAAUGCAAAGUGCCGGUUAAUUAAACUAGUUAUACCUUUUAAAAACAUAAACUUAUAGUGAGUUACUUUCAAAUGUAUGGGACUGUGUAAAAUUUAAGGAUAUUCCAGUGAUUACCGUCAAUUUACAAUUAACCAAUAGCUCCAAUAUUCCAUACGAUGGCUAGUGCUGUUGACAACAAAAAGAGUCCUCAACUGAAUAAAAUCAAGCUUAAAGUAGUAAACAGCACUGUCACAGCCAGCGAUUCAGACGCCAGUGUGGAGACGAAUAGUUUAAGUGCGGAAAGUGCAACGGAACAAAAUCAGCCCCACCAGAACGAGAAGAAGAAGAAGAAGAACCGAAGAGGGUCCGAAUGGGAGAUUAUGGAGGGGCUGAAAGAUGGUCAGCGCUUCGAGAACAGACCUAAUACGUUUAACGGCUAUCUGCAUAAGAAGAGGAAAUGGCCUCUGAAAGGAUGGCAUAAGCGCUACUUCAUGAUAGAAAAAGGUAUCCUAGUAUACGGCAAAGGCCCUAACGAAAUCAACAAAGGCAAGAUCCACGGAACCCUCGACAUAGGCCUAUCUGUGAUUUCCACCAAACAGAAACGGAGACGUAUAGAUAUAGACGCCGAAGAGUUCAUUUACCACUUAAAAACGAAAAGCGACGAAACUUUUACGGCUUGGGUGCAACAACUUACGGCCCAUAGACUUUUUAGGCAGCAUAUUCUCACUUAUGGUACGAGUGUUGGUGCUUUAUUCAAAGCAGUCGAUGGACUUAAUAAUAUUUCCAGAACCCCAGAAAUUUUGAGCCGAGACGGAAGCCUAACCAGAGGACUGAAACCCCCGAAUGGAGGGGGCCGAUUAACCGUAGUUUUACAAGAAUCCCUCAAUAACCUCGAUCAGGCGCAACGAGACGCUAGUAUCGUAGAACAGAACAUUUCGAAGUUGGGUAGACUAUUGCAGCACAUUGAAAGUAGCAAUCCAAUAGUAGUUGAGAGUACAGCUGAAGCCAUUUCGCCUAAUGUUAAGAAAGAUAGGAGAAAGUUCGGUCUAAAAAAGAAGAAAUCGUCUUCAUCUAAAGGAGGCAGUGUAGAUUUAACCAUACAGUUAAGCGGUGGAAAAAGUAUUAUUGGUACCGAUAACUUGGACAAUAUAUCUCCAUUAUCGGCCAAUUCAUUUUCUGCAUUAUCGUCAUCAGCCCCUACUAAUAGUAACCUAACCACCUUGCCAAUUCCUGCUAAUACUGUUGUGACAGCUCCUACACCCGACAGUUUGAGCAACGUAGAUGUCAUCUCUCUGUCGGCUGAAAAUCAAAUGAGGGAAGAUUUUAUUACUCUUUCCAAGCAAGUGAUAGCUAGUUUGAAAACGUUAACCUUUGGCCUAAGUACGGAAAGAGAGCGAAUAAAGUCAGCGUUGGACUCAGAACUGCAAGUACCACCAAGCGUUACAAAUCAGAAUAUAGUUACUUUGAAAAACAGUCUGAACCAGGUGCUACAACAGAAUACGGACCUUAGAAGUAGGCUAACCAGAAUACACGAGGCCUCCGACCUGACUGAUCUUUCCUGUGUAGAAAAUCUUCUAGAAACCCAACAGAACCACCGUAACUACACGGCCUCGUUGAGCUACAGCUCCUCCUGCGUAAGCGCGACGGAGUUCUUUGACGCCGAAGAGCUACCUCCGGACCACAAGCCGUCCAAGUAUCCUCAUGGCGAGGAGGAGUCCGAGGUGAGAACCAGAUCGGAGACCAGCUCGGAAGGCGGAUCUCUGAGCAGCGAAGGAGAGGGAAGUAUUAGUUCCGAAGAAUCUGAGCUGGGUGUAGAGUUAGAUACCGAGAACUGUAUUGAUGUUAGAGAAUCUCAAGGCCUGACAGGACGCCGUACCAACCUACCCGUACCGCGCCCCCCGACAGAAGGCCUAUCUUUGUGGAAUCUUCUGAGCCGCAACAUCGGCAAAGACCUGUCACAGAUCAGCAUGCCCGUAGCGUUAAACGAGCCUCUCAACGUGUUGCAGAGGCUCUGCGAAGAGUUGGAGUAUUCAGAACUGCUCGAUAGAGCCGCGAGUAUCGACGAUCCGUACGAAAGGAUGGUAGAAAUAGCUGCUUUCGCCGUAUCUAGUUACGCUAGCACGUUGAGUCGAGCUGGGAAUAAGCCCUUCAAUCCUUUACUUGGUGAAACAUACGAAUGCACCCGAGAAGACAAAGGAUUUCGUUUCAUUUCCGAGCAAGUGUCGCACCAUCCACCAGUCAGUGCUUGCUACGCAGAAAGUCCCAGCUUUACGUUUUGGCAAGAUGCUCGUGUCAAGACCAAAUUUUGGGGAAAGAGCAUGGAAUUCCAACCUCUAGGCAACGUGAACGUGCUGCUUCCAAAAACCGGCGACCUCUACACUUGGAACAAGGUAACAACGUGCGUCCACAACUUAUUCAGCGGACAGAGGUGGGUAGAUCAAUAUGGCGAACUUAGGAUAACUAAUGGAAGGAUAACUUGCAAGUUAACGUUUUCAAAAGCCAGUUAUUGGUCUGCAAAAAGACACGAGAUUGUUGGAGCGGUUUAUGAUGAAUCUGGUCAAACAGUUCGAAAACUUUUCGGAAAAUGGUCAGAGUCUUUGUAUUGUGGUGUAGCUCCAUCUGCCAGGUGUAUUUGGCGUGCUGGUACUUUACCGCCCAAUCAAGAACAUUACUACGGCUUUACUCGCUUUGCAAUUGAGUUAAAUGAACUAGGACCCGAUUCUAAUUUUCUACCACCCACUGAUACGAGGUUUAGACCAGAUCAGAGAGCGCUUGAAGAAGGUGAUCUUAGUACUGCCGAAACGGUUAAGCUACAAUUGGAAAGUUUACAAAGGGAGAGGAGGAAAAGAAGAGAAGAAUUAGGCGUCGUCUACGAACCCAAAUGGUUCUCGCCGUCCCAGGACGACACCUGGCAGUACAACGGCAAGUACUGGGACACGCGGAAGAACCCAGGCUUCGCGAACCUUCAGUUCGAAUCGCUUUGGUGACCUGUGACCUGUUUUUUUAGUUGAUGUUAGGACUGAUUUUAAUAAUUUGGUGAUCGGUUACACGUAACGAUUUUAUUCCUAAAUGUGCUACUAGGAUUAAGUGUUUAGGAGCCAUUUUACUAUUAGUUAAUUCUAAUUUAUGAACAAUCGGUACUCAGUAGGUAAAUAGAGAGCUUUAUAGA